CUCAGGGUCCCUCUGGCUGUACCCGACAGCAGUGGCGCAGCCCCCAGCUUGGGCUUCAGCAUUGCAUGGGAAUCUGACCCGCACACAGUGCAGGAUGGAGCUGAGCAGAAGCCACUUGUCAAAAUAAUAUCGAGCCAAUAACGCGCCAUGGGUGGAGCUACUGCGGUAAUGGCUAAAACUAAAUCUGAAUGGAGACCUUUUUGUUCGGCAUCCUGGGUCUGAAUGAAUGGCGUUACCUGGUUCGCGACAGACGCGGGACCCCCUUGAUUUGCUCCGCACCCACCCCAAGGUGCAGCACUGCUCUGCUGCGCAGGUGUGCGGAGCCCAGGCGUUCUGUGGAAGGGGUUGAUCAGCAGAGGGUCCUGAUGAAUUUUUCAUGAGCGGGCGCGCGGCUGAAUGAAUGCAGCGAGUGUCGGCGUGCAGCUCGCGGCCGGCCCCGUCUGCAAGGAGGCUGCUGACACACAAACACGCUGGCGCAUUUUCAGGGGGAGCGCCGGGCUGAUAAAGGCUUUUCUGACAGCGCUGGCUUGCCGUCCUCCCCUUUCUGCUGCUGUUGCUCCAGGCAGCCUUCGCGUUUGGAAGGCAGCCUGGUGAACGAGCUGGAUAAGCUCUGCCGAUUUAUCAACGUUUUGAAUCUGCGGCGAUGCCUGUGUGAUGCGUUUUUGUUCUGCUUUCUGAAUGGUGAGAGCUCGCAUAACGUCUAAACUAUGACGGCAAAAGAUUCUUCCAGGGAACUUGCUACUCCAGAGUCAGAGAUUUACAUCAGGACUUUCAAAGAACAGAUGCAUUUAGAACUCGAGCUUCCCAAGCUGCCUGGGAACAGACCUACGUCUCCAAAAAUCUCUCCCCGCAGUUCUCCAAGGAACUCUCCGUGCUUUUUCAGAAAGUUGCUCGUGAACAAAAGCAUCCGCCAGCGCCGGCGCUUCACGGUGGCACAUACGUGCUUCGAUGUGGAAAAUGGCCCUUCCCCUGGCCGCAGCCCGCUGGACCCACAGGCCGGCUCCUCCUCAGGGUUGGUGCUGCACACCACCUUCCCCGGGCACAGCCAGCGCCGGGAGUCCUUCCUCUACCGCUCAGACAGCGACUACGACCUGUCGCCAAAGACCAUGUCCAGGAACUCCUCUCUCCCAAGCGAACAGCACGGAGAUGACCUGAUCGUCACACCUUUCGCACAGGUGCUGGCCAGCCUGCGGAGCGUGAGGAACAACUUCACGCUGCUCACCAAUUUGCACGGGACGGCCAACAAGUAAGCGGGGAGCCAAAGGGAGCGG